UUACAGUUGGUACAUUCCAUGAUGGCGGCGCCCACAGUGCGGCGCGGUUUGCUCCUGGCCCGGAAUGUGGCUCUGUCUCAGUUCUCCUCGGCAGGUAAAAGAUGCCUGCUCUCCGCAGCUUAUGUGGAUAGCCAGAAAUGGGAAGCAAGAGAAAAAGAACUGUGUAAUCUGGCUGACUUGGCCUCCUUAAUGGAUAGAACAUAUGAGAAGAAGCUGCCUGUCAGUUCUUUGACGAUUUCACGGUUUGUGGACAACAUUUCAUCCCGAGAAGAGGUAGACCAUGCUGAAUAUUACCUUUACAAGUUUCGUCAUAGUCCCAACUGCUGGUACCUGAGAGAUUGGACCAUGCACAGCUGGAUUAGACAGUGCCUCAAAUAUGGUGCACAAGAUAAAGCCUUGUAUACGCUCGUCAAUAAGGUACAAUAUGGAAUUUUCCCAGAUAACUUUACAUUCAACUUACUCAUGGAUUAUUUUAUAAAGAAAGAAAAUUAUGAAGGUGCUUUGGCCGUGGUUUUUCAGGUCAUGUUGCAGGAAGACUUUGACGCCCCCUCCACCCAGCUGCUUUCCCUCUAUGUUUUGUACCAGUGUCUAGCAAAGAAGUCAGAAUUCAGCUGGGAGGAGGAGAAAAAUUUUGGAGCAUCAUUGUUACUGCUGGGCCUAAAACAGGAGAACACUGUGUACUUGAGCUCCCAGUUGUAUGGCUAUGCAUUGCUGGGGAAAGUGGAAUUGAGCCAAGGGCUGCGGGCCGUGUUCCGGGACAUGCCCUUAAUGUGGACCCCGGGGUAUCUGGACAGAGCUCUUAAGGUCAUGGAGGAAGUGACAUCUUCCCCGGAAGACGUCAAGUUGUGUAAAGAAGCGCUCGAUGCCCUGGAGAGGGUGCUGACGUCUCUGAUGACUUCUCCGUCGGAUGGGCCUCCUACAGAAGGGGCCCAGGAAUCUGAGGUCAAGGCCCAGGUGUCAGAGCCGAGUGAUCAGUUAGACCAAGAGGAGAGUGAGCAGUCCAAACUGCCUGAAUACCUGAACCGGUUUAAGUUGUUACACUCCAAGCUCAAUGCUCUGGGCAGAGUGGAGCCAGAAGCCCUGUUGACCCUGACUACCCAGCUGGUUCGAGAAAAGCUGCCGGCCUGUGAGGCGGAGGACAUCCAGAGCUAUGAGCAGAAGCUGAAGCGGUGGGAGCAGGAGCAGGCCGAGCUCAUUCAGAGGGAAAAGGCGACCCGGGAAAAGGCCCAGCAAGAGCAGGAGGCCCAGAAAGCUGCCAAGGCAUCUGCUUAAUCUCUCUCCUCCCAUCCUCCCACACGCUGUUGAUCUCUCCCACAAUAAACUUAAGUGCAGGCAAUCAUUAAUACUGAGCUGGAACAGUGGCAUUGAUCACACACCUGUCUGUAGAAUGCAACCAUGGUCAGCUUCCCAGAACUUGAUAAAUAUUAUGCCCAGAGAGGUUGCCUAGGGUCAUAGACCUAGUAGUAAGCAUCUGAAGCUAGAUUUGAACUCAGGUCUUCCUUCCUUCAGACCUUGUGCUCAUUCACUGCACCACUAGCUGCCUAUAAGCUAGCUGUGCAUUUGCCAUUCUCCAUGUAGCAAGGUGACAGCACCCUCCCCCCUUUUGCCCACCCACUGCCAAGUACACAGGUAGAGAGAUCUUUGUCUUCAUGCACAAGGAUCACCCCAAGGGUUUUCCCCGCAAUGACUUUUAGAAUGAAACAAGUUUAAAAAAUAGGGAAUGGUUUAUUCACAAAACCCUUACUUUAAGCUAUUUAUUUCCAAGGGCUUCAAUUACCAUUCGGUGCCAUUGCUUUAGAUACCUAGUAGUUAAAGAGGCAGGUCAUAGCCUACUGAGCAUCCUUGAACAAUUCUGCAUCUGAAAGGAAGGUCAGUGGCUACUUAUCCAAAGCCCAGAAUUACCUGGCACAGUGGAAAGAGUUUUGGAUUUGGAGUCAAGAUCCUGGUUCUGCCACAAACUACCUGUGCGAUCUUUGGUAAAUCACUUGAUCACUCUGGGCCUCAGUUUCCUCAUCUGUAAAUGGGAGAGGUGAAUUAGUUGACCUCUGAGUCCUUCCAGCUAUAGUCAACCAAUAAACAUUUAUUAAGCACCUACUAUAUUCCAGGGUCCAUGCUAAGCUAUAAACUUUUUUUUUGGUGGGGCAAUGAGGGUUAAGUGACUUGCCCAGGGUCACACAGCUGGUAAGUGUCAAGUAUCUGAGGCCAGAAUUGAACUCAGGUUUUCCUGAAUCCAGGGCCGGUGUUAUUUCCACUGUGCCACCUAGUUGCCCCAAGCUAUAAACUUAGGAUCCUAUGGUCACUGAUGUACUGUUGAAAAAGUUUCUUGGGGACCACCUUUUUAAAAAUUAUUUUUAUUUAUUUUGUUAAAUAUUCCCCAAUUAUGAGUAAAAAAAAAAAACAUUCCACAAUCAUUUUUUAAAAUUCUGAGUUCCAAAUUCUCUCAAUCCCUCCCACCCCUAUCCUUGUGAAGACAAGCAGUGAGUGUAAAGCAUAUUUCCCUAUUAGCCAUGUUGCAAAAGAAAACAAACAAAACAAUCAAGAUAAAGCUUUUGUUUUAAGUAUGCUUCAGUUUGUAUUCAGAGUUCAUCAGUUCUCUCUUUGGAGAUGGACGGCAUUUUUCAUCAUGGGUCCUUUGGAAUUCUUGUGGAUCACUGUCUUGAUCAGAGUAGCAAAGUCUUUCAUAGUCGGUCAUGCUUACAGUAUUGCUGUAUACAUUGUUCUCCUGGUUCUGUUCAUUUCAUCAGUUCAUAAAAGUCUUCCCAGGUUUUUCUGAAACCAUCCUGCUCAUCCUUUAUUAUGGAACAAUAGCAUUCCAUCACAAUCAUAUA